GUCUCUUGGAGGAAGGAAGGAGCAGCUAACCCACAGAAGAGUAGCGAGAGACGGGAAGAAUCAAUCCUGCAAACUGCCACUGCAACCAUGAAGACAUUGAAUGUUCUCGCUCUCGUCUUAGUCCUGCUUUGCAUCAAUGCCAGCACAGAGUGGCCUACACACACAGUCUGCAAGGAGGAAAACUUGGAGAUAUAUUACAAAAGCUGUGAUCCCCAGCAAGACUUUGCUUUCAGCAUUGACCGUUGUUCAGAUGUCACAACCCACACCUUUGACAUCAGAGCUGCAAUGGUCCUAAGACAAAGCAUCAAGGAACUGUAUGCCAAGGUUGAUCUGAUCAUAAAUGGGAAGACUGUCUUAAGCUACUCAGAGACACUCUGUGGACCAGGCCUUUCUAAGCUAAUUUUCUGUGGAAAGAAGAAAGGAGAACAUCUCUACUAUGAGGGACCAAUCACACUGGGAAUCAAAGAAAUCCCACAGGGAGAUUACACUAUCACAGCAAGGCUGACUAACGAAGAUCGCGCCACUGUUGCUUGUGCUGAUUUUACCGUGAAAAAUUAUUUAGAUUAUUAAGUAGAACAACGCACUCGGUCCGACUCCCUUAAAACUACAGAUUCCUAAAACUAUUCAAGCCCAGUGAGCUGCUUGCAUGCUUCAGUGAUUCUGAAGGAAAGAUCUCCCGCAUGGUGGUUCUGAUGCUGUUCCUCUUCGUAAUUCACUUUUUUGGAGAAGUCACUAGGCCCUACCCUCUAGUGGUAAUUUUAUCUCCAAAUGCACUCUGUAGCCCACUUUUUGCUUUUAAUAUAUACAGCUGCAAAUAGAAAGUAUUUGAUACCAACAUUCUCAUCUCAGGAUGAAAAUAGUACAAAGCAGAAGAGGCGAGAGCCAAAACAGAUUUUUGCAGUAAGCUAUGGAGGUAUCCAUUUCUAACACAAGCUAAAGAAGAUUGUCAUAUGUAUUAUGCAGUUAUAGCACUCAACAUUUUCAGUUUUUCACAAGGCCUGUUUGGAGCCUCCAUUGGUAUAAAUUUUGUUGUAACCACAGAACAAAGACCAAAUAGGAUGAACAUGGCUCCAUGUUCAGUCACUCUAUUCAUAUCAUUUAAGUUUUCAUGAUUCUUCUUGUAUAUUUUUUUUUAUUCUUUAAUGUUUACAGUGAUGUGAGAAUCCUUUUGUUUAAGCUACAUGCUGUUCUCGCUUGUCAAUAAAUCUGCAAGAAAAAAAAAA